AUGAGCUUAACACAAAACAGGAGCUUGUUACCAGCAGCGCGACCCUCCAAGACCGUCAAAGCAAUGGCACCACCACAAGUACAGACUUCGGAGCCUCGCUUCGAGCCCUGCGCAGCAACCGCUUCACUAUUUCUUUAUACGCAGGGACCGAAAAUUUUAUGCCUGCACCACGAUACACUAGCCGUCGAGCGUCGAUUCACGAGUCACUCAGAGGACAUUGACUUCAUAGCGGUGGAUAAUGUCAGCGAGCGCGGAGCCGGAAGGCUGGUUGUCAGCUACGACGUCGGACAAACGGCAAUAGUCUGGGAUAUUUUUACCGGCACAGAGAUCUCUCGCUUCGCCUCGUUCGAGCACCUACGGGUUGCAUCGUGGAUGCGCAAUGGCAAUGUCGCAUUUGGCAGCGGAAAAGGCGAGGUGAUUCUUUUCGAGCCGUCAACCUCAGAGCAUAUCUCGGCGCGUACAAUCUUCGACCCUAUUACGGCACUGGCUCCAGCUCAAGAUUGCCGCACUUACGCGAUUGGGUAUCAAAAUGGAUCGAUCCUGAUCGCAACUCUCCUACCUCAAUUUACUAUCCUCCAUACCCUAACCACCUCUCGCGGACCCUCGCCAAUCAUCUCGAUCGCCUGGCAUGCAUCCUCUUCAAAACAAAAGUCAGACAUGUUGGCCACUCAAGCUUCAAAUGGAGAUCUGAGAGUAUGGAGUGUAUCCAAACCCCCUGGUAAAGAGCCUCCACGGGUGACUCGGGAAUUGAAACGCUCGGAUUCGACAUCCGCUGAUCCCAAGUGGAUGGCAUGGUCUAAGAAUGGAAGGAUCGUGCAAUACUUGGAAGGGGAAACUUGGGCUUGGGACGUUCGGACAAAACACGUUACCUGCGAGCCAAUUCCAACGAUAGACGGGGUCCGAGGAUUGGCCAACCAUGGCCCAACUGCGACGCUCUUUACUAUCGGUCCCAAUCAUACUGUCCAACAGUACGAUGUAGACGGCCCAGCAAUGGUUGCUAAUGUGCAGCAUGUACCCUCCAGUUCAAGAUCGUUAGUCUCCGGCGAUGGGCGACGAACAGCAUCACCACGGCGUCUUCAAGAUGCACCAGAUAUCCGAGAAUCGAGCCGAAGACGAACGCCAUAUGACUCAAAUGUGGUAGACAGCGUGAAACAGGCCAGAGCCGAUCUUAUAAGCCCUGCUUCUUCAAGAAGCCGAACUGAAUCCGUUAGCUCAAAGGCGUCCUCUGGAAGAUAUAAAAUUACGCCCUUUUCUCCCCCCAGUCGAUCGGGUCGGAGUGGCACAACCUUCUCCUUGACGUCCGGCGAUCAUGAUACACCGCAACCAUCGGCAGGCUUUCCUUAUGCAUCAUCAGUUUCCAUGUCUUCUGUAAAGAGCUCUCGCGCAGCGUCUCGACUGAGGAAUGAAGUUCAAAUGAGUCCCGCUGAGAAAAACAUAGUGGAUCUCUUCCCGUUUACUCGGGCACGUUUGAACGAUGUACCAUAUAAGUCGCAACCCCCAUUUGAUGAGUCAAAUUUGACACCAGAGGACCUACGACAGCAAAUGCUAAGCGUGGUAUUUGGCUGGGAAGGUGAUAUCCAGGAUUUGAUCCGAGAUGAGUUGAGUCGCCACGCGCUUGGAAGCCAGAGUGCUAUUCUGUUGGCGCAGUGGCUCGGAGAAAAUGAUUCCGACCAGAUGGCUUCAUUGGUUUGUGCCGGGCCGGCUACAACAUACGAUUGGAUGCUGCUAGCUAUGAGCCAGAUGAGUGGGCAAGCGCCUGCGAACAAAGUUGGGCAGGCAUUUGUACAAAAGAUGCUCGAGAUCGGAGAUGUCCAUACUGCGGCUUCGAUAUUACUCGGUCUGGGUGACAGCAACGAUGCUAUCGAGGUUUACGUAUCCCGCAAUCAUUUCAUGGAAGCCAUUCUUAUGACAUGCCUGGUCAUGCCAACGGACUGGCAGCGGCAGUCAUACCUAGUCCGACGGUGGGGAGAGUAUGUGGUGUCACAUUCGCAGCAACAGCUUGCCAUUCGCUGUUUCAUGUGUACUGGUGCCGAGCCUUCAGAGCCGUGGACGUCGCCAGCCGCCCAACAAGCUGCCUCUUUUGCGGAGGUGAUUCGGGGGAAAUCACCACUGGCAUCCCCCGAUCCUAUGCAGCAGAACAGCUCCCUUCUUAUGCCUCCUCACCAUCGUCCCUCAUCUGCUUCCAACCAAAAACCCGCUGGAAAGGGCCCUUCUCUCAAGUUAAUCACAUCUUUCGAAACACAACCGAACCAGCGAUUCCGAUUCCCAGGCCUAAAGUCAGAUGACCGAACUCCAACCAAUGCUCCCGGUGUCACGCCUAUUGCGGAAUCUGCUGUUGCCGAUUCGGCAUUGUCUCCUGGUGGUCUCGGAUCUUGGAAGCUUAAUAACAUCCAGAGCCUCAACCAGGCCAUGACCUCGCGGACUAACACUCCUGCAUUCAACCGUCGUCGUCUUCCAUCAAUAGGAGAAACUCCAGUUGACUCUCAACCUCCAAGUUUCUCUCGUUCUGGCUCAUACAACAACACCAGUGCUUAUGGUUCAACCUCAGAAAACGAAGAGACGAGUGGACACGAGCAGAGUCAAGAUGAGCGAGAGCUUGGUCCUUUAUUAUCAGCUACAGCGUACACCCCUGUUCACGACUCCAUGAAGCCAAGCCCGCAAACUGCUGUUCAAGGCACCGACAAAUUCGCGUCCAUUAAAGGUCUCCCAUCACCCGCUCCUGGGGUAUUCGAGGCGUUGAAAGAUCACCCCGAUAUUCGAAAUGGCUCACGUGUCAGAAAACCUGACGGGCUUCAAAUCGAGUUGGUAGAGACGAAGGAAAUCGCUCUCCCAAAGGAUGAUAGGCCCGAUCUGAUUACCAGUGCAAAGAGCCUGAACAGCUACGCUUCUACUAAGAGCCCCAGUGUCAGCGGUCGUAGCAUCGACCAGUACAUCAGCAGCCUAGAUGAAGCGAACUUCCAUUCCAAGAAGCACCGCGGCCACCGCACCCACGGCCGUAGCAGAAAGAAUACUGACGAGCACGGCAGCCAGAGUUCACGCGCCCAACACACUCGCGAUGUAUCUCAAGAGACUACCCGGGGACGGAACGAACGACGCUACAUUCAGCCCUCGAAGCGGUCUCCCUCGUCACCAGUGCCCAUGUCCCCUGAUGAAGUGGCUCGAUACCACGCAGGAGAAUCUGCCAAACUAGAGGCCCCGCGCGCGAAGUCCUCAGGUCGCGCUCGAAGCAGCAGCAAAAUGCGGAAACCGAGUUCGCGCAGCCGUCAACGCUCUAGAAGCCGACACACCGCGAGCCGUGUCGCCUUGGAUGCCCGGGGCGAAGCGUUGACCGCGAAGCCUGCUUCAGAGGGCGUUGACGAUCCUCUUCGGAUCGUUGGCCAAAACCGGGAACGACUGCGUUCCAACCCUCGCAGCGUGAGUCGCCGGCGCGCCGGAAGUCGUGCUGGUAGGGAAACGGGCUCAAGGCGCGGUGGAUCCCCUGAGCCAAGGCAUAAGGUGACACACAGUCAGCCGGAAAUUCGACCGCCCCCUGACCUGGAAUGCCCUGCGCCCCGACCUGAGGUACUGGAGCAACUCAGCGGCAAGGUCUUUGGACAAGAAAAUGACGUCUUGAGCAGCAAAGCAUUUGGCCAGGAGCCCCAACUCAGCAGCAAGGCUUUUGACCACGAGGAACAGCUAAGCAGCAGGGCUUUUGAUCAAGAACCUCAGUUGAGUAGCAAGGCUUUUGGCCAGGAGGAACAAUUGAGCAGCAAGGCAUUCGGCCAAGACGAGCAGCUUAGCAGUAGGGCAUAUGGCCAGGAAGAGCAAUUGAGCAGCAAAGCAUUUGGUCAGGAGCCCCAACUCAGCAGCAAGGCUUUUGGUCAGGAGGAACAGCUAAGCAGCAGGACAUUCGACCAAGAGCCUCAGUUGAGUAGCAAGGCGUUCGGUCAGGAAGAACAACUGAGCAGCAAGGCGUUCGGCCAAGAAGAGCAAUUGAAUUCGAGGGCAUUUGGACAAGAAGAUGUCUUGAGCAGCAAAACUUUCCAAGGUAAUGUUUUCGACAAUGCAAGCUACCGAAAGAGGUCCGACUCAGCCGCCCAUGAUACCCAAGAAGAACUCUCCCCUUCCACGCCAUUUGUCAGUCUCGCCGAAAAGAAGAGAAGAGAGCUGGCCGCAGCUGAACUUGAAGCUCGUCGCCUCUCUCUCGCGCGUAACCCUUCGGCUCCCAAUAUCCCGUUCCCGGGCGAGCUGCAAUCUGGACGGAGCCCUAUCGAGAGUCCCGUAUUACAGGGAGGCUCAUACUUCCCGCGUGUUUCGUCUCGAAGCAUGAUUCCUCCCGCUAAAACCUCACCUGAAUACCAUAGUGGCUCGGACUCUAGCUCCUCCCGAUCUGGUCGGUCUGGUCCACCGAUUGGACUACCUGCGACCCCUCGAGCAAUGCGCCACCCCAAGUAUGGUGGCCGUGUCCGCGACGAGCGCCCACCAUCUGUCCCUGCUGUCUCAUCAUACAGUGGCAACAGCUUCGGUGAUAGCCGUAACAUGACGGAGGUUGCCGAAAGGAUCGGACGAUCUAUGUCCGUCCCUAUGCCAGAGGGUCAACUCCACGCCCGCGCCAACCAAGCUCCAAAUCAAAUGCCAGAUGGGCUGCCCAUGCACCCCCAUUUCAAGCCUAAUCUACCCCCGGAGCCGCUCCAACUCGCGUGUCCGCCAAAUGGGCCACCGACGCACGAGUUCGGGCGGUUAUAUCUCCCCCAGCGUGUCGACGUUCCUCCACCUCCACCUCCUCCUCCCAUUCUCCCUGAAUUACAGCAUCUCAAUACCCCUCCACCUCCUCCACCGCUUCCCAUGCUGUCUGAUACUACGUCGCCCCGGCAAUCGUCUGCCACCAUCGAUGUCGCUUUCGACAACGAAGACAUGGGUCGCUUACUACCACGUGCAAUGACUGCCGCUCCCACCAUCCAUGUGAAUGUCGCCGAAAAUAGCAAGAGCAGUAAACGCUCUUCCUUCGAGCAUCGUCGCAAUCGCAGCUCAAAUGAGAGCUUCACGAACAAGCUGCGCAGCCUGACUCGCAUGCGCGGUAAUAGCCGCAGCGUCGAGCCAUGGGGAGGCCCUGACCCAGAUGCGCAGUAUGAGACUUUGGGUUCGGGGACAUAUAACCCUGGUCAGAUCUAA